AUGGCGUCUCCUACCACGACGCCCGCCCCCAAACUCACUCCCUCCUUCUGCUUCAACAGGACCGCUCUUCAAGGUAUGCUUCUCAGAGAUACUCUUAUUCCCCGGCUUCUAACACCCCUCCCUCANGACUUUCUUCGCCUAUCCCGCAGCGCCGUCGACGACACAAUCUCCCAAAACCUAAACGCUUUACUGUCACCGAGUCAAGAUAAAUGGGACCCGCACAGUACAUCGCAUACCGUCUCUCGCCCCACAGGCAAACGCGCCAUUCCCGCACCUGCAUGCACAUCCUUCAAGCAAAAUGUCCUGUUCCCUUCAUGGCAAGCCCGCAGCGAUGUCCUCGCAUACUGUGGUGGCGUUGCGACUUCUCCGGACCCUGACGAUCCAGAUCACAUGCUGAGAGAGGUCGAAGAUGCAAAGGCGAGAGAAAGAGUCGUGAAUGAGAGAUUGGAUCCGUAUAGUGGUCGCUAUUUCCCGAGGGAAGUAAGGACCGAAGCUUUGGCGGCACUUGUGCGGAGUGAGUUGAUGGUUGAGAGUAUCGUGCGCUCCCGGACUUGGGGCAUGGUCAGGGAAAGGUGCUCUGAUGAUGAAUACGAUGGUGAGAAGGCGCUCGACAAGUGGCGGCAACAAACCACUCCUGCAUUCCUAUAA